CACAAAAAGGAAAAACUAGCUCAGUGCCGUUGGCUGAAAGGGUUGUCAUAUUUGAUAUUAUUUGUGUCUUUGUCACACAGGACUAGAAGAAAUUUACAGUUUCAAUUUUGAAGGGAAAAAAAUUGGAGAAUGAAUGAUGAAUUAAAUGCCCGGCAUUAUAGGGAAUAUUUUAUGCUUAUGUGUAUGUCUGCACAGUUAUGUAAUAUGCAAUCAAAUUCUCUCCUUAUAUAAACAUAACUGUCUCUUGUUUUUUGGCAAUACAAAGAAGCUCUCUGUUUCUCUCUCUCUCUCUCACUCAUUUCUCAGAUUACAUUUCCUCACAUAGCAACAAGAAAAUGAGCGGCUUUACUUUCAGGGGCUUCACAUUGAUGAUUUUAACUUCAUUCCUUAUCUGGUCUUUCAACUUUGAAGCUUGCAUUGCGAGAAGAGGUAAGCAUUGGAGGCAAAACAGAGGAUUCUCUGCAUCUCUGUACAAGAAAUGGAAGGGUCAUGGAGGUAAUAAUCACAAUUACCAUAAUGGAGGAGGAUCAAAACCAAAACCAAAGCCUUCAUCACCAUCACCAUCAACUCCAAUUCCUCCAAAACCUUACCACGGCGGCGGCCGCGGUUCUUCUACUGUCUUUAGCGUGCUUGAUUUUGCAGCCAAGGGCGAUGGAAGUUCUGAUGAUACAAAGGCAUUCCAAGACACAUGGGCAGCCGCUUGUAAGGUCGAGGCAUCAACCAUGCUGGUCCCAGCAGAUUACGUUUUCAAAGUGGGACCGAUUUCAUUCUCUGGUCCAUACUGUAAACCCAACAUAGUUUUUCAGCUUGAUGGCACAAUUAUUGCCCCAACAGACCCAAAGGCUUGGGGAAGUGGAUUGUUACAGUGGUUGGAAUUCUCAAAACUAGUGGGAAUCACCAUUCAAGGGAAGGGAAUCAUUGAUGGAAAAGGAUCAGUUUGGUGGCAGAACCAACCAUUUGAUGAUGUUAUAGAUAAUGAAGAAAAGCUUAUAGUCCCUUUAAACCACACAACAGUGAGCCCACCAGUGCCGAUUCAGAGUGAGUUGGGUGGGAAAAUGCCAAGCAUCAAACCAACUGCUCUCCGGUUCUAUGGGAGUAUUAAUCCAACCGUUACAGGAAUAACAAUUCAGAAUAGCCAACAGUGCCAUCUCAAGUUUGACAGCUGCAAUGGAGUUUUGGUCCAUGAUUUGACAGUAUCAUCUCCUGGUGACAGCCCCAAUACAGAUGGAAUUCACCUUCAGAACUCUAAGGAUGUUCUGAUUCACACCAGCAGUUUAGCUUGUGGAGAUGAUUGCAUCUCCAUACAAACUGGAUGCUCAAAUGUAUUUGUGCACAAUAUCAACUGUGGGCCAGGCCAUGGAAUCAGCAUUGGAGGUCUAGGAAAAGAUAACACCAGAGCGUGUGUCUCAAACAUUACCGUCAGAGACAUCAACAUGCACAACACAAUGACUGGUGUCAGAAUCAAAACAUGGCAGGGUGGAUCAGGGUCAGUUCAGGGAGUGUUCUUCUCAAACAUCCAAGUAUCUGAAGUCCAACUUCCAAUAGUGAUUGAUCAAUUCUACUGUGAUAAGAGAACAUGCUCAAACAAGACAUCAGCAGUGGCUCUUGAAGGAAUCAACUAUGAGAGAAUAAGAGGGACAUACACAGUUAAACCAGUACAUUUUGCCUGUAGUGAUAGUCUACCAUGUGUGGAUGUUUCUUUAACCUCCAUUGAGCUACAACCUCAUCAAGAACAAUACCACAUGUAUGAUCCAUUCUGCUGGCAGGCCUAUGGUGAAUUGAAAACUCUCACAGUCCCACCUAUUGAUUGUCUUCAGAUUGGGAAGCCAACCAGCAAUCAUGCUCAAACUGAUCAUGAUUUUUGUUAAUGUUAGAGAUCACUUCACAGCGUUAUAUUAGCUAGUUAGAUAUAAAGCAUAUGUACACUAAUAUAUAUACAUAAAAGGUCCUUCUUUAUAGGAAAUUUUCUUUGUUAAGUCAUCUUGAUUUGCUGUCAUGAGAGUAUACUGGCCUGCGGGAGGCCAAGACUAGUGAGUGAGUGAGUGUUGCCUUUAUAGUGAUAUAUUAAUGUAUUUAUACCAGCGCUUUCAUUUAUUUAAUGUAAUAAAAAAAUUGUCAUCUUUAGAAUUUCA